GGAAGUGAUCUGCAGCAGCAGCAGGAUGGUUGUCAACUGGGGAAAGUAAAUGUUCCCUGGUGGUUGAUUAUCUCCCACGUGUAAGGUGAGUGGAUGCAAAGCAAACAUUUGAAUGUACUGAACCGUUAGAACGGGUCCACGACCUGGACCGGACCUUAUGGAGUCGCUCGUGUUAGCCUCGGUGAUAGUUAGCUCGGUUAGCUUGACACCGUGAACGGUCUCAUGUGCACAACUUGCUGCUAAUUUAACAUGUUGCUAAUGCUAAUGACAACAUGUGCUACAAUAGCCUGCAACGUAACCAUAGAAACUAACAGGGUGCUAUCUUAAACAUGUCCCACAUUCACACAGGUUACGGACACACAAUGAAAUAGUGGAGUGGCUACCGUUAUUUCACACAAGUCAGUAUUAUCAACUUCAGUCAGUUGUGUGGGGUCUCUUUAGUAAUUAGAUCUGUUUUUGAACAGGAAUCUAAGAGUCAUGUUGAUGUCAAGUGAUGUUGUAAUGAAAUCUCUCGCACACAGUUGCGUAACAUACACACACACGUGUACCACUAUGAGAUGGAGAGAAGAUAUCAUGAAUUAUGUGGUGAAUACAUAAUGAAUAUUUCUUUAAUUAUCAGGUAAAAUGCAUAAAUGUAUCUACAACUGUCUCAUUACAUUGCAUGUGAUCAGUGGUAGCUGCAGAUGUGUCCAGAAGGAAAUCCAACAUGAGAUGGAACCAAUUUUUGUGUCCAUCCACUUGACUUCAGUAUCAAUAUUUGUUAUCGGUAUUACAGCUAUAAUGUUAAGCUAGAAACAUGUAACAGGAGCGUAAAAUUAUGUCUGUACAUAAAGUUCUUCAAUGACAUCAUAAUGCAUGCAUUUACAUUAAGUUUCUCAUUUUACCAAUUAUUGAGCUCCACUGCGGAAAUGAAGGCAGCAGAGAAGGAGUGUUCAGACGUGCAGGGGGCAGCUGCAGCAGCUGCAGCAGAGGAACCAGGCGUUUCUGGACACCAGCAGACUUCCACAAAGCCGGCUUGGUCUUUGCUAGAGGAAGCUGCCCAAAUGAAAACAGAAGGAAAUGCCUUCUACAGGGAGAAGAACAUUCGUUCGGCCAUUGGCCGUUAUCACCGCGCACUCCUGAUCCUCCGAGGCCUCGACUCUGAUGUGAUGGCACGAGUGAAAGAUUUUGGCCCCAAGACACCUGCUCUCACACCAGAACAAGACACUCUACUGAGAAACACACAAGUGGACUGCUACAACAACUUAGCUGCUUGUUUGCUGCAGAGAGAGAGUGUUGACUUUGCCCGUGUGCAGGAGUACAGCCUGCGGGUGCUGCAGUGGCGACCAGGCGAUGUCAAGGCACUGUACAGGGCAGGAGUAGCCACUCUGGAGAUGGGAGAUGCAGUGAUGGCCAAACAGUAUCUGAUCCAGGCCGGCAGAGAACAACCUAAUGAUGCUAAUGUGAAGAAGCAGCUGCACAGGGCUGAGAAGAAACUAAAUCAGGAGCUACAAAAAGAGAAGGCCAUGUAUCGAGGCAUGUUUUCCUCUGGUCUGAAGAGCAGCUCCGAAGAAGGGGUUAACCAAACCAACGGAGCUGGGGACGGAGUUUAGUCUGCCAGACAACCCGUGACAAACAACUCCUCAACCUUAGAAAGACGGCUGAUCACAAAUCAACUGGAGAAUGAUCACAUGUCCUAAAACACUAGUUCUACUGAAUGUCCUAGGUAUUUGAGGUGAGCCCGGUAACAUAGCGACGUUAUACAGAAUACUGGUCUGUAUGAGAGUAAAGAUGUCACUGCUGAGAAUAGAAAGGACAGGAAUGUUAGUUUCCUAGCAACAUGGAAACAGACCUUUUUUUCCCACAACGAGCGAGAGUUUGGAUAUUUCAAAGAAAUGCAAGACUCAUGUACUACUCAGUGUUCUGAUAGUGAAUCAUGAUCGCAAUUGUCUGGUCAGUUGUGUGAAUGUUAAUUUUCCAAGUUUUCAAGUAAAAUAUUUUUUUAUAAAUUA